GGAAAUGCAGUUUGACAUCCUUCCCAAGUUUGAAAGCAAAAAAGAAACAGAAUCUCAGCCCUGGAAAGGGAGGAGGAAGAGCAAGGAGGAGUCAGCUAAGAAAAUAGAAAAAAUAGCCUGUGAGGUACGAUCAAGGCAGGUGGUUUGAUGGAGGUAUGCCUUUCUGAAACAUCUGGGUGGCCCAGGGACAGAAGACCAGGGUGGCUUUGAUGCCUGCUGAAAUCCCAGUUGCUUUCUCCCCUGAACGUUGCAGAUGAGGACAUCCAGGGCUCUGUCCAAGGUUGAGAGUAAGCCUUUGGCUCAAGCCCAGAAGCCACCUUCCAAGAUUAAGAACCUCAGAAUGACUCGAUUCUUACAUAAGAAUCCAAACACCAGCAUUACUUCACUCCCUUUUGUGGAUACCAAGGGGAAGAAAAACAUGGUUAACUUUCCAUGCAUCGGCAACAAAAUCUUGCUAAAGCCACCCCUGCUGUAUCAGGAUAAUCAAAGUCAUAAUCAGUUGCCAGCCUCUGAACUCAAGGCUUCUGAAUUGCCUUUCCAUUCAAGCAUUAAAACCAAAGAUCCCAAGCCAGAGGAGAAACCACCAAGAAAGCACAAGGUGCCUCUCACUGCAGCAGAGGCCUUAAAGUGUUUUAAGAACCAGCUAUCUUCGUAUGAGCAAAGUGAAGUCCUGGGCUACACAGAGCUGUGGUUCCUGGGGCUUGAAGCAGAGAAGCUCCACAUGACUCCUGAGAAGUUCAACAAAAUGAGUUUCGAUGAUGAACAUGGCUCCUAUAUGAAGGUCCUGCAUGACCACAUUGCCUAUCGCUAUGAGGUUUUGGAGAUGAUCGGGAAAGGGUCCUUUGGACAGGUGGCCAAGUGCUUGGAUCACAAAAACAAUGAGUUGGUGGCCUUGAAAAUCAUCAGGAACAAGAAGAGAUUUCACCACCAAGCCCUGGUGGAAUUGAAGAUCCUGGAAGCUCUCAGAAGGAAGGACAAAGACAACACCUACAAUGUGGUACACAUGAAGGACUUCUUCUAUUUUCGCAAUCAUCUCUGCAUCACCUUUGAACUCCUGGGAAUCAACUUGUAUGAGUUGAUGAAGAAUAAUAGCUUUCAAGGCUUCAGUCUGUCAAUAGUUCGACGCUUCACCCUCUCUGUUUUGAAGUGUUUGCAAAUGCUUUAUGUAGAGAAAAUCAUUCACUGUGAUCUCAAGCCCGAGAAUAUAGUGUUAUAUCAAAAGGGCCAAGUUUCUGUUAAAGUCAUUGACUUUGGAUCAAGCUGUUAUGAACACCAGAAAGUAUACACUUACAUCCAAAGCCGGUUCUAUAGAUCCCCAGAGGUGAUUCUGGGCCAUCCCUACAACAUGGCCAUUGAUAUGUGGAGCCUGGGCUGCAUCAUGGCUGAGUUGUACACAGGCUACCCUCUGUUCCCCGGGGAGAAUGAAAUGGAGCAGCUGGCUUGCAUCAUGGAGGUGCUGGGCCUGCCACCAACCCACUUCAUUCAGACGGCCUCCAGGAGACAGACAUUCUUUGAUUCCAAAGGUUUUCCUAAAAAUAUGACCAACAACAGGGGGAAAAAAAGAUACCCGGAUUCCAAGGAUCUCACGAUGGUGCUGAAAACCUAUGACACCAGCUUCCUGGACUUUCUCAGAAGGUGUUUGGUAUGGGAACCUUCUCUUCGCAUGACCCCUGACCAGGCUCUCAAGCAUGCUUGGAUUCAUGAGCCACGGAAUCUCAAACCACGGUACAGGCCCCAGACCCUGAGGAAACCCAGUCUCUGUCUCCCCUCUGAGGCUCAGAAGGACAAGGUUCAAGGGCAUCAUCGCUUAGGCAUAAAAGAGGUGAUCAUCAAAGAAGAGACAAGCAGUGUCACUGCUAAGCAGGUUCAGAAUUCGGGUGAUCAGUGGAGCUCUCUGCAGCAUGCAGCUGAAGUUGUCCAGCUGCCUCAACUAACAGAAACUUCCAGAAAGCCAGAGGCAGUUGUUGGACCAGAGGAGUCCAAGACCUCCCCAGGAAAACAAAGUAAAAACUCCUCACCCAAGAACAUGAAUAUUUUACCACCUAUUGUAUGACCUUUGCUGAAGACAAGCUCUUCCCAGAAGUUAAAGUGACCACCAUAAUCCAGUCAAAAGAUGCAGUGCUUGCAGGAAAGUCUCAGAAAUGACUGGACUCCAUGGUAGCACCUAACUGAUGCUCGUCUAGGACCAUGAAGUAGAGGACAGAGUAUUUCUCAAAGGAAGGGAAAUUGAAUAAACAACAGGAUAUAUUCACUCAUCCACCAUCCUCAAAAUCUCCUUUGUUUGGCUUUCUAGUCCUUGUCUAUAUGAUUGUAAUUAUAAAACAGAUACAAUUUUA